ACUAACACGACACACUGUUGCAACAAAAUGAUCUCAUCGAAAUUAAAGCCUGAAAUCACCUGUCCAAUAUGUAAUCAAAUAUUUCAGACGCCUCUUCUACUUCCAUGUGGUCAUUCUAUUUGUUCUGGCUGCGUAAGCAAACUUCGUAAAACACAAGUCAUCAAAUCGAAUUCUAUCAUUCCACCACAAUAUCCAGCAGUACAGACAACUCAAACGACCACCACUAUUGAAGAUGCUGUAAGUGAAGCUGAUUCUGGUGUGGUUGUUUGUAGUGCAGAAUUGAACAACGAGUGUCAUUUAACAUCGUCAUUGUCAUCAUCAUCGUCGCCGUAUUCACCUCAGAGUAUUAGCCAUGCAUAUUCUGCACAUGAUUUAUGCCGUUUAUGCAACAGUACUGCUAGUCGUAAUAAUAACAGUAAUAAUAAUAACUGCUUAAAAAACUCGCAUAAUAAUCAACCUGGAUUACACUCGGAGAAUGGAAAUACUGAAACCCUACCAGCUGAUAUCCUACCGCAUAAUACAGCUUUGGAGAAUUUGAUUACUAGACUAUGCAAAGAUGAAGUUGGCCAACAUGACAAGGAGACAACAUUGUCUUCAGGCAGUGGCAAGAUGGAUAACGUCAGUUUAUCUUCAAUACGAUGUCAGCUGUGUGAAUCAUCGAAUGAUAUAUUAACCUUGUCCUUUUGUGAACAAUGCAAUCUAUGGUAUUGUAAAACAUGCUUAAAUCUAUGGCAUCCACCGACUGAUAUGUUGAUUAAGCAUCGUGUUACCCCGUUUAAUAAUCAUAAUCGGUUAGUGUAUUCAUCGAAACAGUCCAGCAGUGAAACAUCCGGUCCAGAGUGUGUAUAUCAUUCAGGAUAUAUAUGUAAUCUAUAUUGUAUCACGUGUUCAAUGUUUGUCUGUCUAAGAUGUUUAAAUUCAUCAGUGAAUGAAAGGAACUAUAAUUUAAAUCAUGUUGUCAACAACAAAAUGAUAACAACUGAUUCAUAUACUUCAGGCAAUUCUUAUUCGUUUGAAUGUUUAUCGCAUACAGGUCAUACAGUUUGUUCAACGAAUAUUUAUGCUAAAAGAGCAAAGACUGAUAUAUCAAAACUCUUGCAAAAACUAUCUGAAGAAGCUAAACGUGGCGCCGAACUUGUUCAAUCAUUGAAGAAUACUGAAGAUCAACUUAAAAAAAAUAUUUCAACUACAGAAGCAUUGAUAAAUCAUGAAAUUGAUACUGUCAUUAAUGCACUGCAAGAAAAACGUGUAAAUCUUAUUGAGAAGCUACACUCAGAAGUACAACAAAGACGCCAUUUUCUACGUGAACAAACUAAUCAAGCUGGAAAUAGACUAACAUCAACAACUAGUUUAAUUUAUUUCGGUGUGGAAAUGAUUAAAGAACGUGAACCAUCAGCUUUUAUUCAAGUUGCUCCUUCACUCAAACAUCGCUUGAUGAAUACAGAAAAUCAAAUUAUGCGUGAAACUCAGCUUUGCCGUGAACAAUGCCUUGGUGAUUUUCAACUACGUAUUGGUGAUACAAGAGAUUUACUUGAAAGGAUACAAGCGAUCUCCUUAAAUGAAAUUUAUCCUCCUCCUAUACCAAAAAUAAUUCUAUCUCAAUGUUUAAUUGAAAGUAACAGUAUUCAACUAGUAUGGGAUAUAAUGAAUACAUCAACUCCGUUAAAAAAUGAUGAAGUUGAACAAUACCACAUAAAGCGAUCCUCCACCUCGAACUCCUCCUGUCUCUUAAACAUUACAUCUGCUUCUAAUGAAGUUAAACAUACUUUAAACAGUUUUGAAAAUUUACGAGAGAAUCCCAGCGGUCACUGGAAUUCAAAUACAUCUGUAUGUUGUAAAGAUUUAUGUCAUUCAUUGUCGACUAGUGGCUUGGCAACACCUGUAACAAAUGUACGAUCAAGACAAAAUUAUCAUAUUCCCGAGUCGAUAUCAGCCUAUGCCUUAAUGACAAAUUCAUCAGGAGUAGAUGCUAACAGAGAUCAAUAUUUUCAACAAUCUGGCCAAUAUUAUAAUUAUCAACAUCAGAAUAUUCCUUUAUCUCUAUCAUCGAAUCAGUGUAAUCUGUCAGUUCCAUCGACACCAAACAUGAAUGGAUCGUAUUCAGUAAACACAUUGCAUAGAAGUAUAACUGUGAAUGGUGAUAUGAAACUUUUAUCAAAUAACAAUAAUAAUGAUGAUAAUCAUGAGGAAUCGAUAAAAUUCCAAUUGGAAGUAGACAAUGGACGUGGUGGACCAUUCAGGGUUGCAUAUACUGGAAGUGAACGUGUUUGUCGUCUGGAAGGCUUACACUUAAAUACAACAUAUCGAUUUCGUAUUCGAUCUACAAAUGGAAUAUGCCAAAGUGCUUACAGUGACAUAGUUGCAAUUAAAACAUCUCGUCUUGCAUCUUUUGUUAUGAAUCCAUCAUCUGGACCUAACCACCCUGUUAACGGUUUAAAACUGUCUUCUGAUGGAUGUACUAUCAGCGGUCAAGGGGAUGUAGAAGAUCGUGUUCUUUUAGGUGAUGUUGGUUUCUCAGACGGAAUUCACUAUUGGGAAUGGCAUGUUGAACAAUAUGACGGUCGGGGGCAACCUUCAUUCGGUAUAGCGCUGUCUCAAGUGAGCAAAGAUAAAAUGCUUGGUCAAGAUGAAUACGGUUGGGCAAUCUACUUUAAUUCCCAUCGAUCAUGGUUUCUUCAUCAAGGUGAACAUAGAGAUCGUACAGACGGUGGGAUAAAAAUAACACAUCAAGAUAUCAUCACUGAUACAAAUGGAAUCAGUCAAAAUAUCAAUUCAAGCAAAACUACUAAAAUUGGUGUACGAUUAGACUGUGAACGAGGUUGUCUAGCCUUCUAUCUGAAUGGUGAACCACAUGGGCCAAUAGCAUUUACAAAUUUAAAGGUUAAACAACAAGACGAGAAAUCAAGUCAGAGUAAAGAUAAUGUCAAAAGAAGGCAUCUAUUCUAUCCUGCAAUUAGUUUAAGUCAUUAUACUCGUGUACGACUAGUUUCUGGAUUAGAAGUACCCAGUGAAAGUGAAGAAGAAUCAGCAGAUGAUUCUUCAGAAGCAGAAUAUGACUUAUCACUGACAUCACCUCAGUUUCAUUUCAGUACAACAAGUUCAAAGAACUCUUUAAUCGAGUGCAAUGAUAACAACAGCAGUAAUAAUAAUAAUAAUACGAAUAACAAUGAUUCAGAAAAUAAAACCGCCAUCCCUUCUCCACUAUCUACAUGUUUAGUUCGUUCAACGACAACGCCGUGUAUACGAAAAUCUUCUAGUCCUAAUAUAUUACACAGAUCUACAAAGCAAUCGGUUGCACCGCCUAAACUAAUCACAUUUAGUCGUAAUUAACAAACAGAGACCGCAUUUUCAAAGUUUAUCGAACUAAUAACAUCUUAUGAGUUUAAUUACUUAUAACUUGUUCUGUUUUCUUUUUGUUUCGUUUUUUUGUUGGAAAGAAAAUGAGCACAUUUUAUUGUUUAUAUAUAUAUAUAUUGUAUGUAUAUGAUUUCAGUAAUACAGUAAGUAAUAAAUUUGUAACCAACACUCACUGUUUCUGUUUUUGCAUUUCAUCUAAUCCCAUCUCAUCUCAUCUCAGACUCUUUUAUUGAAUAAUAAUAAACAAACAUACACUUGGUUUGUUUUUUGUAUAUAAACUCAUCACCAAUAUUAAUUAGGAUACCAAUCUACUGCCUACCAAUACCUACCUACCUACUCAGGUGAUGUUUGUUUUUUGCCUCGCCGGGACGAUGAAGUUCUCCCUUAAUGGUGUUUUUUUCUCUUUUCUUUUCUUCUUGUCUACUGACUACGAAUUAACAAAUUUUGUAACAGACCUAUCUAGUCUAUCUAUCAUAUUCAGUCAGUUCGAAUAUUAAUUACUCAAAUCAAAAUAUUUUAAAAAAUGCCAGUCUUGUUAUUUCACUCAAGUGUAAACUGAUUAUGCAAUGAGAAAGUUUGGUUGGUUUCUUCACCUUGUUUUUUUUCUGUCU